UCCAUUCACCUCCCACUACUGCAUGCGGCAUUUCAUUCAGUUCAAACAAUCUAUGGAUCAAACCUUGUCAUUUCUUUUUAUCAAGAAAAUUAAGUUGCGGUCUUUGCAACAGGUUUCUACAAGUAAAGAGUAAAGUCUCCUCGUCGACUUUCUCUUUGAUAGAAAAAUUCGCGAUUUCGCGUAAUCCGUAUAGAGUUACGUAAUUGAUAGAAUGACAUCGCGUUAUCAAUUAUUAUAAAAAAUCUCAGUAAACUUUGAAAUCUAGAACGUGAUAAGUUGAUAACAAAUUACAGUGAACCCUUGUUACAUUGGCUGGUUUCAGAUAGUCGUUGGAGAGUUUCUAUAGCUUCGUAUCAUUGCACACAGGCCCCGUGAUUUUCAAUUAGUAAUAUAAUGACUGAAGUAAUUCAUAACUCAAAAGUUAACGGCGUGACUGAGGGAGAAGAUGAAACAGCUCGCGUGAAAGAUAUUUUCAAAAAAAUUGUCCAGGGAAGUUCGCACGAUAAAGUUUUAGAUAAGGUCGAAGUUAUUUAUGCUGGAAAUGGUCGUUUUAUUGGAGAAAUGUUAAUUGAACCAGAGCACACGAAUAUAUAUGGUUCCUUGCAUGGCGGUUUUACAGCUACUCUAAUCGAUAUUUGUACAUCAAUUGCAAUGAGUACUCAUCCGCGAAAAGGAAACGGAGUCUCUGUUGACUUGAAUAUUUCAUAUCUCAAACCUGGACUGUUAAAUGAACGAAUUGUGAUCACAGCAGAUACGAUUAGGGUUGGAAAAACGAUGGGAUUUUCAGAAGCAGUGAUAACCAGUAAAGCUUCUGGAGAUAUAUUGGCCAAAGGAAUGCAUACGAAAUAUGUAGAUUCAGUCAAAUACGCCUUGACCAAAUAAUCAUUUCCUCUUCACCGCACUGCUACGCUUGUUCGCAAUAAGAUUUGAUAUUUGUGCAAAUAAUUGAACGUGAUUUCGGCUGUGAAAAUAUCACCGACAAAUUGCUAUUUCUAGAUGAAAAACCUCAGUAUUUCUAUAUUAUAAUAUUCUAAAUGUAUUUUGUACGUUCAGUUAUUUCAAAAUGUACUCGAAAUGAAAAUUUAUGUAUUACUUGGUAUACUCAUCCAUUAAGUAUUUAAAUGGUUUCGGUGGAAAUGUUUCAACGGUAAUGUUUUAAAUUUUUUGUUUUUAGAAAACGAAAAUUAUUUUCAAUGUUGAAAAAAAAACUCAUUAAAAAAAAUUACACGUGUUUCUUUUCCUGUUAAUUAGAACUGUAUGCUACCAUUAGAAAAGUAGCUAAAAUAUGUAUUAUGUUUCCAUAUAUUACGUACCUCUGCUUUUUUUAGGCGUAUGCCGAACAUAUGUGUAGCAAUUUUAUCAACCUCUGUCGUAAUGAAAACAGUCUCAAAUACACAAAGGAAACUUUAUUUAGCUAAUUCGGAAGCUUCUUUCAAAAUAUAGUCAAACUUAGACGCCGUAAAUACAAGUACUCUUCUGUAAGGUAACAAUUCGAUAUCAUCUUCAGUCCAAGAGCCUGCUAAGGCGGAGUCGCUUUCGUCAGC